AUGUCAAUAGUAACAUUGCAACUUGGUCAGAGUGGCAAUCAGAUUGGUUUUGAAGUGUUUGAUACUCUAUUUAGUGAUUCACACUGUUCCCAGGGACUCUGCUCUAAAAGAGAGAAUGAGGCAUAUCAAGCAGCUUGCAAAGAAAGAUUCUUCAGUGAGGAGGAAAAUGGAGUUCCAAUUGCCCGGGCUGUACUUGUUGACAUGGAACCUAAAGUUAUCAAUCAAACACUAUCAAAGGCUUCCCAGUGUGGCCGAUGGAAAUAUGGCCAGCGUUCAUGCUUCUGUCAAAAACAAGGUUCUGGAAACAACUGGGCAUAUGGUUACUCUGUUCAUGGACCCAGACAUGCAGAAUCUAUAAUGAACCUAAUCCAGAAGGAAGUAGAGAAAUGCGACUCCUUGAGUGGUUUUUUCAUCGUAAUGAGUAUGGCUGGAGGCACAGGAUCUGGGCUGGGUGCCUUCAUUACACGGAAUUUACAAGAUCAGUAUUCCAACUCUUUGAAAAUGAAUCACAUUAUAUGGCCUUAUGGAACUGGUGAGGUUAUUGUUCAGAAUUACAACUCCAUUUUGACUCUUUCUCACCUGUACCGAUCUUCAGACGCCCUCCUUGUUCACGAGAACGAUGCUCUUCAUAAGAUCUGUGCAAAACUGAUGAACAUCAAGCAGAUCUCCUUCAGAGAUAUAAAUCAGGUCCUCGCCCACCAGCUGGGAAGUGUGUUCCAGCCUACUUACUCUGAGGAGGGCUCAUCUCACUACAGAAGAAAUCCACUAGGAGAUUUAAUGGAGAAUUUAGUUCCCCAUCCGGAAUUCAAGAUGCUGGGUGUUCGCAACAUUCCCCAAAUGUCUGAGCACUCCCUGGCCUAUAGCACGUUCACGUGGGCUGGCCUCCUCAAGCAUUUGAGACAGAUGCUCAUUUCCAAUGCGAAAAUGGAAGAAGGUAUUGAUUGGCAGGUACGGCCUCCUUUAUCGGGAGCUCCUACUCUUGGUAAAAUGCCCGUCAACAGGAACCUCCACUUUAACACGUCCCUUGCUAACUUGGUCAUCCUCCGUGGAAAAGAGGUGCACAGUGCGGAUCUGGGGGGAUUCAAAGAUCCAGCCCUCUAUACUUCCUGGUUAGGACCUGAUAAUGCUUUCAAUAUGUGGAAAACCCAGCGAGCCUUUAACAAAUAUGAGAAGUCUGCAGCAUUGGUCAGCAACAGCCAGUUCUUAGUAAAACCACUUGAUAUGAUUGUGGGCAAAGCGUGGAAUAUGUUUGCUUCAAAAGCCUACAUUCACCAGUACACGAAGUUUGGAAUUGAAGAAGAGGAUUUUUUGGACAGCUUCACGUUGUUAGAACAGGUUGUUGCCAGUUACCGCAAUCUCUGA